UGACGGACGGGGCGGAACCGCGCGCACCUUCAAAGCCGGAACAUUUCCUGCACCGGCACCUCAGCCGUAUAUAAACCGGCAGCGCGUCUCAGCACAGAGAGAAAGAAAGAAAGAAAGAGAAAGAGAGACUUUUCAAAGAUUUAAAGACUCAAAGCUGCACAGUAUUAAGACCCAGGCACAGAAGAGACGUGUUUAUAUCAGAAGGCAGUUUCCACGAAAGGAAAAUCGCCGUUUAGCACAUCUCAGACAUCAACCAUGAACGCAAAUCGUUUGGCUAUCGACAUGUUGCUCUUGUGUAUAUCCUGUGGAGCAAGUGCACUGGCAGCCUUUAAUCCCAGUCUGUCUUCAUCUGCGCCAGCCACCAAUUUCACUGAUACCGCCUUCUCCCCUCCUAAAUAUCUCACCGAGCCCGCGACUCCAGCCAAAACCAGAAGGAAGCGUUAUAUUUCCCAGAAUGACAUGCUUGCCAUUCUUGACUAUCAUAAUAAAGUCAGAGGAAAAGUUUUUCCACCGGCAUCCAACAUGGAAUACAUGGUCUGGGAUGACACUCUUGCAAAGACAGCAGAGCAAUGGGCGUCCACAUGUAUUUGGGAUCAUGGUCCUCAAAGUCUUCUUCGAUUUCUUGGUCAAAACCUUUCAGUACGAACGGGAAGAUAUAGGUCCAUUCUUCAACUUGUGAAGCCAUGGUAUGAUGAAGUAAAGGACUACACUUUUCCGUACCCCCGUGACUGCAAUCCCAGAUGCCCACUAAAGUGCUAUGGACCCAUGUGUACUCAUUAUACUCAAAUGGUGUGGGCAACCUCAAACAAAAUAGGAUGUGCCGUCAACACGUGCCAUAAUAUGAACGUCUGGGGAUCCGUAUGGAAGAGGGCAACAUACUUGGUGUGCAACUAUUCUCCAAAGGGGAACUGGAUUGGUGAAGCCCCAUAUAAAGUAGGUGUACCUUGUUCCAUGUGCCCUCCAAGCUAUGGAGGAUCAUGCAGUAACAACAUGUGCUUUCCUGCUGUGAACUCAAAUUACCUGCACUGGUUCAAAUAAGCACAGACAAAAUGCACGUGCCCCAUCACAGAGA